AAUUCAGAUGAAAUUCUGGUUGAAAGGGAGAUAGAUAUUCUCCUCUUACAGUUUUCAUCUUUUAACUUGCAUGUAAGUAUUUUGGAGGAAGUGGGUUUAAGAAAAAAAGAAAGCCCCUAUUAAAAUGAGCUGGAGCCUGUAUUUCAUGUGUUUAGUUGGGGGUUUCGGAGUGGUCCUUGCCGGCCCCAUCAGGAAGACGGGCAGCAUGGAGGGCAAGGUUGCGCCUCAGGAGGAAGUAAACGUGCUCAUGUUUGGAGUCAUACAGCUGAGCGAGUCGCUCAACUACGUCUUUGAAACCACUGAGGCAAAGAUAGAGAGAAUCAGCAAGACUAUGAAGAGUCAUGAAGAAACCCUCCAACGGCUGGGGCAGCAGACUGAACAGGCUGCAGAAGUGGAGCAACAGACAAAAGUAAUCGUCCAGCUGCUGCAGGAACAAAUGGCAAAACAACAGGCUCAGACCCAUAUCACAAAAGACUGGCUGAACAGCAUAGAGAAGGACGAGGAGGAACUGAGGGCAAAAGUUCAACACCUGGAGAUGUACCUCAACAACGUUGCACCAAACAGCCUCAAGGAGCUGCAGAAUAAAGCAGAGGUGCAUCUCCAAAUCUUGAAAGGUUUACAGACCUGGAACAAGAACCAGAAAAAGGAUAUUGAGACUCAAGAUGAGCAGCUUUCCAAACUGCAAAAGAUGGUAACUUGCUUAUUCAACACAUUUCAUAUGAAGAACUUAUUCUAUUUGUUUAUUUGAAUUAAAAAUGUUCGUUUCUGUGUUUCUUUCAGAGUGAAACUAUGCCAUAGCUCAUUCAGGACUCAUCAGUUCAUUGAAUAAGAAAAAAAUCCAUCAACUCCUCAUCGUUACUGCACUCCAUUAUUCCUAUAUAUGAAUAUUAGUUCAUGUUAGCAACUUUUUUAAUAGAAAUUAAGUUAAAAUGAAGUUAAAUUAUACAUGUUUCUUUGUUAUUUGUAAAUAAAUAAA